CUACUUGUAACAAGCCCUCGCGCCCUCGUCGGUUGGUGGCCAUGGCGUCCCAGGGCGCGACGCUCCAGAACUACAACAACGAGCUCGUCAAGUGCAUCGAGGAUCUGCGCGAGAAGCGCGAAGCCGUGAACACGGCGAUCCUGAAGGAGGAGGAGGAGAAGGCGAAGAUCCAGAAGGAUCUCAGCAUCCUGACGGACCGGUUGUCGAAAAUCAACGAGGCGCUCGCGCGGCGCGUCAUGGCGCGGAACGAGUACGACAAGACGAUCCAGGAGACGGAGGCCGCGUACAUGAAAAUCCUCGAGUCGUCGCAGACGCUCCUCCACGUCCUCAAGCGAGAGACCGUCAACCUCACGAAGAAGAAGCAGUACUCGUCCUAGACGCCCCGCUCGCGCGCGACCGCGGAAAAGACCCAACCGCGCGCCCCCGCCCUGUCUACUUUCUUUCGCCGGU